AUGAUACCCGCGGGGUUUGGGACCGUGGCCACCACGAUUCCCCCAGGAAAGUCCCGAAAUAAAGCAUAUGUUACAAUUGCGGCAGUUGCAUCGCUUGGGUCCGUCCUUGGAAACCUUGCUGGUGGUCUAAUAGGCGGGUUCUUGUCCUAUAAAUGGAUAUUCUGGAUUCUUGCCAUUCUAGCCGCCUUUACUACCACUUGCGCAGUUGUGAUUUUAUCCGCCCCUCAGCUUCGGACAAGCAAUAUGAGACCUGAAGCUAACGGUGAGAGAAACAAAUUGCUAGCUAUGGACUGGCUCGGUGCGGUCAUAGUUUCAAGUAGCUUGCUUCUGCUGCUUGUGUCUUUGAGUGAGGCAAAUGUUACCGGUUGGGCAACCGCUUGGAUUCCGCCACUUAUAGUAGUCUCGAUAAUUAUGCUGGUUGCCUUUACUUUCUGGCAGCGCCACUUAGAGAACGGCUCACGCCGGCAACCUCUCUUGAAGGUGUCAAUGUUUAAGAACAUCCGGUUCUCUGCGAUCUUUGUUCUUGUUGGCUGCUUCUUUGCUUCUUUUAACAGCUUCGUGGUUUUCGCGACUUACUUCUAUCAAGACUACCUCUAUCUGAGCGAGCUGGAAACAACAUUACGCUUCCUCCCUGCUGGCAUAUCUGGAGUACUCAUCUCCUUUGUUGUCUCACCGGCGCUUUCACGCAUAAGAGGGUUCUAUAUCCUCCUUGUUGGCCUGGUCUGCGGUAUUGGGUCUCCUUUCCUCCUAGCUCUUCCCGCCAUUCCACCAGAAACAUCAUACUGGGCUUACGGCUUCCCCGCCAUGUGUCUAUGCUUCAGCGCGGAGAUAAUUUGGCCUGUAAGCAGUCUAUUUAUUGCCGAAGAAUUGCCCCAGGAAAACCAAGCGCUUGGUGGCGGCCUCUUACAGACUGCGAACAAUGUUGGUCGCGCGUUAGGUUUGACUAUCGGGACGGCGGUGCGGACGAGCAUUCAGGGUAAUAAUAAUGGUGGAUACCCCGGCGAUGCUGACUUGUUGCGUGGUCUCCGGGCAGCUCAGUGGGUGAACGUUGGGUUGGCAGUUACGUCCACAGCAAUUGCUUUAGUAUUCUUUCACAAUCUAGGCCGCCAUUGA